AUGUCGAAGGAGAUUUGCUACUCCCAGGAGAUUGAAAUAGAAAAGAGAGAUAUGCAAGACAAUAGCAUUGAAGCUAUAUUUGCCAAUAUAAAGAUGAUCAAAACUGUCGGCGAUGACGGAAAAAUGAGCGAAUUAGAUUUUGAAAUCACAUUUGAUGCAAAUCUUUAUACAUUACUACGUGCUCAUUAUGAUGCUCAAUCUUUUGAUAAGCUUAAAGAAGAAAAACAACUUUCAAUUGAUUUUGAACAAUUCCCAGAGGAAGUUGCAACACUUCUCAACAACAGCCAGAACAAGUUUUCAAAGAAAUCACCAAAACGUGCAGAUCCUGACCAGAUUGAAAACGCUGUUUACUUUGUCACAACAAAUGAAACUUCUGGAUACUUAAUUUUCUUGGAUAUCUUAUCUUUCAAGGAGGUUGAGAUAUUUAGAAUUGAUUUCACACAAGUUGCAGAUGAAGAAUCACAUCUUAGCGCACAACAAAAGUUUACAAAAGUAAAGAACGACUUAAAGAAACAAACCUUAAUGCUAAAGACAUUGUACAAAGAAAUCACGAGCCAAUGCCCAUUUAUACUCGAACUUAUUAGGAGGCAAUAA